AGCGCAGAGGCGCUUUUCGCUUUGUUUAUCUUCACAUGGAAGCUGGACUCAGCUCGGGCGCUAAGAUUACCAAGAGUUAGCUUUGUUUUCUUCAAGAUGUAUACUCUAUUAUCUGGAUUAUAUAAAUAUAUGUUCCAGAAAGACGAAUACUGCGUUUUAAUUUUGGGCUUGGAUAACGCAGGGAAAACGACCUUUCUGGAACAAACAAAAACAAAGUUCAGUAAGAACUACAAGGGAAUUAAUUUGUCAAAGAUCACAACGACUGUUGGCCUAAACAUUGGAACAAUUGAUGUUGGCAAAGCUCGCUUGAUGUUUUGGGAUCUGAGUCAAGAGGAGCUUCAGUCCCUGUGGGACAAAUACUACGCCGAGUCCCACGGUGUGAUCUAUGUGAUCGAUUCAACUGAUGAAGAACGUCUGUCGGAGUCAAAGGAGGCUUUUGAGAAAAUGAUCAGCAGCGAGACUCUGGAAGGCGUUCCACUCCUGGUGUUGGCUAACAAGCAGGAUGUGCCGAACUGUCUGUCAGUGUCAGACAUUAAAACAGCUUUCAGCGACUGCGCCAAGAUCGGCAAGAGAGACUGUUUAGUCCAGCCUUGUACUGCCCUCACAGGGGAUGGUGUCAAUGAAGGAAUUGAUUGGAUGGUGAAGUGUGUGGUGAGGAACAUUCACCGGCCCCCCAGACAGAAGGACAUCACAUAAGAAGUCAACUCUUCAUCACCUCCCAGCUUUUUAUACUCGUCUUCCAACUGUGAGUUUCUCCUCGAGGACAUUCCUAUUAACUCUGGACUUGAUAAAGUUUCCUGUCUCCUCUUGUUUGCUGUCACAUUGGAUUUCCAACUUUGGGACAUCUUUGCAGAAGGAGUAACAGACUUUUUGAAGGGAUUAUUUGGAGUUGUUGUGCUUCACUUGUGAAUGGGACC